AUGCUAUCCAUCAGAAAUCUGCUUCCAAUUUUUCUUUCGUGCACCUCCGCUACCACCACAGAACUUACAGUCCGAUCUACGGCUUGCAACAAUUCUCCCAGCCUGUGCAGCAAAUCCUACGGGGAGAUUACUCAUCUUGGAGCUCACGACAGCCCUUUUCUGCGUGAUGCGAGUACCGAUUAUUCCGCUUCUGGAAACCAAUUCUACAAUACUACAGUCCAACUCUCCGCAGGCGUACGGUUGGUGACUGGGCAAGUCCAUAAGAACAAUAAUGCAUGGCAUCUGUGUCACUCAAGCUGCGACCUCCUCGAUGCCGGAACACUUGAAUCGUGGCUGAGUGAAAUCAAAACAUGGCUAGACGAGAACCCCAACGACGUGGUAACUGUUUUGCUGGUCAAUUCAGACGACGCUACCGAUUCCGAACUCGCUACAUCCUUCGAAUCAUCAAACAUCACUGAUUACGCAUACACCCCUUCCUUCACAAGCGCCACCACAGCAUGGCCUACUUUACAAGAACUCAUUAGCAACGGCACCCGCCUCAUGACCUUUGUGGCAUCACUAUCCUCCAAUAGCAAUGCGGCAUACCUCAUGGACGAGUUUACCUAUAUCUGGGAAAACCCCUACGACGUCACAUCCGCAUCGAACUUCUCAUGUCUCCCAGACCGUCCAUCAACGGUAUCCGGCAACACCGCCUCCGCUCUAUCCUCCAACCGCCUCCCCUUCAUGAACCAUUUCCUCGACACAAACGUCGGUCUCGGCAUUGAAGAACCUGACGUCAACGCCGCCGCAACAACAAACGGCCAAAACGGGACCGGCAACUUGCUCACAGCUGCCGAAACCUGCAAAUCCGCAUACUCAGGCCGUCAACCCAGUUUCAUACUAGUGGACUGGUUCGACAAGGGUCCUGCAAUCGAUGUAGUCGAUCAAUUGAACAAUGUCACAGACGCAACUGGUCGUGUCGCUGUGCCCAACACGAAUGCAGACGAUAACAACAGUACCAGCAGUGGAACAUACGUGGGCUUGCUCGAACUCGUGGAUGAAGUCAAGAAUGGGGCUAAUCCGAGCUUAGGCAACUGGAUCUGGGCCGGCGGCGACUGGAGCAGUAUCCUCGGGGGCGGCGUCUCCAUCUAG